UAACUAGGUCUGCAGACAAGCCCUGUCAUUCCCCAGCAAGAACAGGAAGAGGGGCGACAUCCAGGGAGGGAGCUCCCGCAGGCCAGAGCCGGGGGAUCAGACAUGGGCCAAGCCCUGCACAUCGCCAAGUGUGACCUGCAAGCGCCAGCGAACAAUGGAGUGCACCGCACCGCAGCCAUCAGCACCGAGCGGCUGGUGGUGCGCCGGGGACAGCCGUUUGCCAUCACUCUGCGCUUUGCAGCAGAGGUUCAAAACUACCUGCAGCAGCUGAAGAGGGUCUCCCUGGUCGUGCAGACAGGGCCCCGGCCGUCCAAAGCAGACGGCACCCACGUGCAGUUCCCCGUCUCCAGCCUGGGGGACCGCAGCGGGUGGAGCGCAGCCGUCCAGGAGCGUGACUCGCUCUCCUGGAGCCUCUCCGUGACCAGCCCAGCCAGUGCCGCCGUCGGGCGCUACACCCUGCUGCUGCGCAUCCGCGGCACGCAGCGGGCCACAGAGCACCCGCUGGGGACCUUCACGCUGCUCUUCAACCCCUGGUGCCGAGAUGACAGCGUCUUCCUGCCCAACGAGGCGCAGCGGCAGGAGUGUGUCCUGAACCAGGACGGCAGCAUCUACUGGGGCACCGAGAGCACGAUCCAGGUGCAGCCCUGGGACUUCAGCCAGUUUGAGGAGGACAUUGUUGACAUCUGCUUCAAGCUGCUGGACGUGGGCGCACACUGGCAGCAGGACACAGACCGCUCCAAGCGCGGUGACCCCGUGCAUGUCUGUCGCCUGGUCGGGGCCAUGCUGAACUGCAACGAGCUCAGAAGGGUCCUGACCGGAGGCUGGACUGCCGAAUGCCGUGACGGGACACCCCCCACCCAGUGGCUGGGCAGUGCCCCCAUCCUGCGGCAGUGGGCAGCAGAACGGUGCCAGCCCGUGCGGUACGGGCAGUGCUGGGUGUUUGCGGCCGUCGCAUGCUCAGUGCUGAGGUGCCUGGGAAUUCCCACCCGUGUCGUCACCAGCUUCACGUGGGCCCACAACACGGGUGGCCACCUAAGUGUGGACGAGUACUACAGCGAGAGCGGGGACAAGGUUGCGUGCAACGGCAAGGCCAGCAUCUGGAGCUUCCAUGCGUGGAACGAGUGCUGGAUGGCGCGGCCGGACCUGCCCCCAGGCUAUGAUGGGUGGCAGGUUUUGGAUGCCACCCCCCAGGAGAAGAGCGGAGGCCCAUCCAGCUGUGGGCCGACCCCGGUGCGUGCCAUCAGGGACGGCAUCCUGGAGCUGGACCCUGACGUCGCGCCUCUCUUUGCGGCCCUGAACGCGGAGCACCGUGUCUGGGUGCAGCGGCCUGAUGGCAGGUUCCAGCGGGCAGCCAGCGGUGCCCGCUACUUGGGCAACAGCAUCAGCACCAAGGCAAUGAGCUGCGAUCGCUGCCAGGACCUCACGCACCUCUACAAGUUUCCCGAAGGGUCUCCUCAGGCAAGAGAGGUGCUUGAGAGAGUCCACAAGAAGACAAACGAACUGGAGGGAGCUAGCGGCAGAGAGACAGAUCCCAACACCCUUCUUCCUGCCAUCAAAGACCUGGCUCUUCUGCUCUUCGUCUGCAUUCAGCCCGAGAGCUCCGUGCUGCUGGGACAGGACAUCCAGCUAGCCGUGACAGCGGCUAACUGGAGUGGUGGGGAGAGAGCCGUCUACCUGGUGCUGGGGGUGCAGACUUUGCGGUACGAUGGCACCCCCAUUACACAGCUCUGGAAGGAAGAGCUUCAGUUCACUCUCAGAGAUAAUGAAGAGAAAACCCUAUCUGCCCAGGUGCCCUACUUGCAGUACAAGAGUGCGCUGGGAGACGGCCACCUGAUGCUGAGUGCUCUGCUAAAGGACGUGGACACCCUGAGUGUGCACUUUGCACAGGAAGAAAUCAGCAUCUGCAAGCCCCAACUUGCCAUCAAGCUCCCCCAGAGCGUGAUGCAGUACCAGCCAACCACGGCAGAGAUCAGCCUCCAGAACCCCCUGCCUGAGCCCCUGGAGCAGUGUGUGCUAUCAGUGACAGGGAGAGGACUCAUCUACAGAGAAAGGAUAUACAGGUGUGACACUGUGCAGCCCAGCAGCAGCCUGCACGUGCCCAUCCCCUUCACUCCCACACAGGCAGGGACCAAGAGGCUAACCGUGCACCUCAGCUGCACCCAGAUCCAGGACAUCAAAGGCUACAGAAGUGUAAACAUUGUGGCUGCCCAACCCCCAGCUUAAUGCCGAUGCUGCCCUCAGGUCCUUUCAGGCAAGCCGGCAAAAGCCCUCACCGCACACACUUUCCAAUAAAGCCACAUUUGAGCUGA